AGCCAUGGCCAGUAGGCAGGCACAAACCAAGCUCCAACACUUGUCACAUUGCACAAGAGCAAGCCAAGUGUUCAAACUUGCUUGAAAGCUAGGCAGCUAGUAGCUAUGUCGGAGGAGAAGCACCACCACUUCUUCCACCACAAGAAGGACGAUGAGGAGUACAAGGCCACCGGCGGCGAGUACGGCGUCGGUGGGUACUCGGAGACCGUGGCCACCGAGGUGGUGACCACCGGCGAGAACGAGUACGAGAGGUACACGAAGGAGGAGAAGCACCACAAGCACAAGGAGCACCUCGGGGAGAUGGGUGCCGUGGCCGCAGGCGCAUUCGCACUAUACGAGAAGCACGAGGCGAAGAAGGACCCGGAGAACGCGCACAGGCACAAGAUCGCGGAGGAGGUCGCCGCCACGGCGGCCGUCGGCGCCGGCGGCUACGUCUUCCACGAGCACCACGAGAAGAAGAAGGACCACAAGGACGCCGAGGAGGCCAGCGGCGAGAAGAAGCACCACCACCUCUUCGGCUGAGAUCCGUCGUCGCCGGGCGGCGAGCACGCUCCCUGCAGUUUCUGUGCAUGUGUGUUUGACGAGUGGUAAUAAGUCCCUUUCGGACCUCUGCGUGCUUGAUUUUCUCUGCAUGUGUGAUUGUGUCGAAUAAGUGGCAGUGUAUCGGUGGCUAAAUGUUCUGUACCUUUGCGAAUUCGAGGUUGCAACCUAGCUUUAUUCACGCACUCAUGGAACUUUUGUUA